AUGUGUGCUAUGGGUCGACAAGUGCCUUCGUAUCAUCAAUUAUGCUUUGCACAUGAUAUCCAAUGUGCAGUGCUGGAUGCUAUACACAAAAAGAAACAAGAUGAUCAAGAUGAAGAAGGGGAAGUAUCUGUAGAUGAGCUGGCUUUGCUGCAGGAAUUGUCUACUUCUUUGAAUGUUGUAAAGGCAACAAUAGAGGUGCUGUGCGAAGAAAAUGCAAAUUUGCUUUGUUCGAAAACAGCGCGAAAAACAGCUUGA